AUGGCUACCCUCGCAGAGCAUCCUUUGCACUCCACCGCUUCCCCCAUCCCGAACAUGCCCGCUAGUUACGACCAAGAUCUCGACUCAUUUAUCAACUUCGACCAACUCGCUUACACUUCUGCUGAUGCCGCCCGGCCAAAAGUCGCCUUAGCUAGUCAACCCUCGGUCGCAAGUACAGAUUACAGCGUGGGCGAUGCCCGGAGUGCCAGCUUCGCUUCAAGUGGACAAUCUCCAAUCGCUUAUCAAGCCCCUAGCCAUCAUUACGAAGAUCACCGCCAACAGACUGGUCUGGUUCCCGGUGCUUUGUCUAUGAGUUACAGCCAACAAGUCAAUCCUAUGAACUACAACAACAACCAAGGCUUCCCCGUGAAUGCUGGUGAAAUGUACCCACACAUGAAGCGCGAAGACGCCCCCUUUGAUUUCAAUGCGGCCCCGGCCCGAAACCCAUCUGAGAUGGAUAUCGAGUCCGAAGGUAUCAACUCCACACCUUACUACUUCUCCGCGACUCCCGGCAAUAAGAGCCAAUACGUCGACCCCAACGCUCUCGGCGGCCAUGAGCUGGCUCAGGCUGGUCCCUCCACUCAAGUCGGUCGCAUGUACCCGGGUAUGCAUCAGCAGCAGGCUGCGAUGGCCAAGGCUCAACAACAGCAACAGCAACAACAACAGAAGCACCAAGAGAUGGUCCGUCAUCAGAUGCAGCAGCGCCGCAUCGAGGAACCUGCUGGUGGUGCUGCCCCCGCCCGUGUGUCCCACAACCCAGACCCCAUUGUCGAGGAGCGUAUCUCUCGCCUCUUACAACAGAUGCGCCAGAAUGCUGUCGCGGCCGGCGAAGUCUCUCCAUCUCCUUCGUCUAUUCUCCCCCAGAUGGCCAAGGCUCGCAAGGAUGAGGCCGAUAUGGAUGAGGAUGAGCGUCUUCUCGCUAGUGAGGAGGGCAAGAAGCUGAGCAGCAAGGAACGUCGUCAACUGCGUAACAAGGUUUCCGCUCGUGCUUUCCGUUCUCGUCGCAAGGAGUACAUUGGCCAGCUUGAGAGUGAAGUCGCCGCUCGCACCAACGAGGCUCACGAAAUGCGUCUCCAGAACCGUGCCCUCUUUGAGGAGAACGCUCGUUUGAAUGAUCUUGCCCGUAUGCUUUUGGGAUCCCCUCACUUCGCCAACUUCCUGAACGAGAUGCCCAAAACUGUUCCACCCCAGGUCCAGGCUCACCAGCAGGCUCAGCAACAGCCCCAGGUUCAACAACAGCAAGCCCCCAAGGAGAACAACCCUCCCCGCACCCAGGAAUUUCAAAUGCAACACAACCCCCAGACCAACAUGGUCAUGGUCCCUAACCAGUCCAUGGACACCUCCAUGAUCAACAGUGGCUGGAACUCGGGAAUUGACAUGAACUACGGCAACACCCCCGUUUUCGCUAUUCUGGAAGUUCCCGAGGGUCCCGCUUUUGAUGCCGAGAUUCUGUCUGGAAAGUCAUCCGCUAUGCCCUCCUCUGAGCCUAGCAAGGACGAGGCCCCGGUUAUCUCUCACCCUGAAGUCGCCAGCCAGAAGUCUGACAUUGGAGUUGCCAACCCCGAUGUUGAGAUCGACGAGUCUGAUCCCGCUUUUGCUCUCUUUGUUGAUUCUCCUGCCCCAUCUGCUGCCUCAGAGCUUGUUUUUGAAGGUGUGCCUUCCGAGAAGUCGUCCUCUCAGUACGAACUGGUGGUGGACAACACCCAUGUUUCUGCUGCUGCCCGUGCUCGAUUCCACACACUCUGCUCAAGUAUGGAAGCCGCCUUUGAGCGGGUUUCGUCUGUCACGUCUCAUCUUCAGUGA